AUGGAUAUUCACUGCAAAGCAGAUCCCUUCACCGCGAUGCACUGGCACGGGGGUGUGAACCAGCUCGGCGGGGUGUUUGUGAACGGCAGACCCCUCCCGGACGUGGUGCGGCAGCGGAUCGUGGAGCUGGCCCACCAGGGGGUUCGGCCCUGCGACAUCUCCAGACAGCUGCGGGUCAGCCACGGCUGCGUCAGCAAGAUCCUGGGCAGGUAUUACGAGACUGGCAGCAUCAAACCCGGUGUGAUUGGUGGGUCUAAACCUAAAGUGGCCACUCCAAAAGUGGUGGACAAAAUCGCAGACUACAAGAGACAAAACCCCACCAUGUUUGCUUGGGAGAUCAGAGACAGACUGCUGGCGGAGGGCGUCUGCGACAACGACACAGUGCCCAGCGUCUCAUCCAUUAACAGGAUCAUCCGAACAAAAGUCCAGCAGCCUUUCCAUCCGUCUCCUGAUGGGUCGUCCCUGACGCCAGGCCAUACUAUAGUACCAAGCCAAGCCUCUCCGCCUGUAACCAGCGCCUCCAACGACCCAGCGGGAUCAUACUCCAUCAACGGGAUUCUGGGUAUCCCCCGAUCCAACGGCGAAAAGAGGAAAAGAGAUGAAGAUGGUUCAGAUGGUUCUGGCCCACACAGUGAUUCUCAGGGUAGUGUGGAGAGUUUACGGAAACACCUUAGGGCAGAUGCCUUCACCCAGCAGCAGCUGGAAGCGCUGGACCGGGUCUUUGAACGCCCCUCGUACCCUGACCACUUCCCUACAUCGGAGCACAUCAAACCCGAACAGGCUAAUGAGUACUCGCUCCCUGGCCUGAAUUCCAGGCUGGACGAAGUCAAGCCCAGUUUAUCCUCUAGCGUCAACCCAGACCUGGGCCCCAGCGUGUCGCAAAGCUACCCCGUAGGUCGAGAUAUGUCCAACACAACCCUACCUGGGUACCCCCCCCACGUUCCCCCCACGGGCCAGGGCAGCUAUCCGACCUCCACGCUCGCCGGAAUGGUUCCUGGGAGUGAGUUUUCGGGGAACCCCUACAGUCACCCACAGUACACAUCCUACAAUGACGCCUGGCGAUUCAGUAACCCAGCAUUACUAAUGCCGCAUCCAGAGGCUCCGCCCCUCCCACUGCUGCCACUGCCUAUGACCGUCACUAGUUACCAUGGGAACCAAAUCAACCUGCAGGACCAUGGCCUUAGCCUCCAUAUUGCCCCGGUGUGA